AUGGAAAAUUUUCUGUCGAGAAACGAAUGGGCGCGGAAUCCGGAGUACGAUCACUUCUGGAGUCACUACGCCGUCUGCCAACAGUGGAUGAAACAACACUCCGAAGCGUUUCGGCAGGGUAAUCGAUGUUUUUUGUGAACCUUUCCUAUUUCAACCCAAAAACCGCUUCAGUUCAAUCGCAACAUGGUCAAACGACUGGAGACGAGUCAGAAGACGUUGAUGAAGAGAUUCAGGAGCCAGAAGUCACCGAAAGACUGUCAAGAUGUGGAAUUCGCGACGAAGACGAGCUCGAAGUGGCAAAAGAGCCGGAAAUUGAAGAGAUGAGCGAUGAGAUGAAGGAUUUCUUUGCAAAAACAAAAGAACAUCGACAAAAAUGUAAGAUUUCAAUAUUACCAGCACAAAAACGGUUAAAUUGCAGUGAAAGCACAAAGAAUCGCAGAAAAACAGAAGGAAGCGUCCGGAAAGCCUUGGCUACAGGAAAAUGAGGAAGAAUACGUCAAUGUUGAGCAGAGUGAGUUAUUUUGAGCAUAAUAAUUAUCAAAAACGUUUUAUUUGCAGUUUCUGUGCGCGGAAGAGGGCAAAACACCGCCCAACACCGGGAUGCGAAUGCUGAAUUCAUGGCAAAACGAGAAAACGCGAAAAAAUUGUACGGAGAUGCGGCCGAAAAGAUUCUGUCGUUGGAAAGUGCGAUGGAGAUGAAGUUCGAGAGCGAAUACGCAAAGAAUCCACCGAUGUGGCCAAAUAUCCCGCUCAGAUUCUGA